AGAAGCUAGCACGUGCUGCUUCGCUUUUUGUGUUUUUACGGUCGAUCACUCGGUGCAAAAACAAUUUCAUUAUGUCAGCCGCAGCUUGUGAAUCGUCUCACACGAAGAGAGUGCGCCAGUGUAAAAGACACGAGUUCCGUAGAGACAAUGCAAAGAGAGAUGACGAUAGCGGUAUUAGCACGUGCUCGACUAGUGGAGCUUUGCUGCGUUACUUUCCACUCGCCAAUUCAACCGCGAAUGGAGAGAACGGAGGCGAUUUAGUGGAAUCGAGCGAACGCGUUGACUCGGAAAGAAAUCACAGCGAUUGUUGUGAACUAGAGGAUAAGACUAGCGAGUCAGAGAUGGCAGUCCGACAGCAGGGUGUUAGUCUUGGUUUCCCGGAUGUUGAUGUUAUUCAAUCGGAUUGUAAGACGAAGGAUGGUAUUGAAACGAGUGUGGAUGAUGGUAAGCGGAGGAGGAUGGCAAGACGAGCAGCUUGUACAAAGUUUGGUUAUCACGAGAUUUCUUCGUCGGAUGACAGCGGAACUGAGGAUUACGGAGUUGCCUUCAGAGAGAGCGAAAACGAACAACAAAACAAACCAACGAUUACUCGUUAUUUUAAAUCUGUCAGUCGGCAUCAAACGUGUGCUAACGAUGAGCACGAUCGAGACGAUGUCGUACAACAAUCAGAAACGGAUCACGAUUCGUCUCAAUCGGAAUGCGGUUUGCGUCUUGAAUCGGUGAGUGAAUUGGUGUUGCCAGAAUUGGAUGAUGAAAAUGGAAGCGAGGGUGAUGAUGUAAUAAAUGAGUCUGAGUCGUCACCGUGUACACACGAAGAACUACAGACGUCAACGUGUGGGGAAACGAGAGAUCAAAGUCUCGUGUUGGUCGAGGCAUUACUGUCUCCACCAGAUGCUUUGACUUUCGAAAGCAAUUGCAACCCGUAUUCACAAAGCACGCUUAUAACAAACUUCUUUGCUCCUGCUAAGCAAUCUAACCGACCGACUCCUGAGACAGUAAGUGAGCCAGAAAGAGAUGAAUACGAUGAGAACAAUGACAGUGAUAUGGAUGAGGAUAAUGAGAACGGAGGAGACAAAGAGAUUGUUUCUUGUCCGUCGGAGGUUACUUCUAUUACUCGCUUCUUUCCAUCUGUAGUAAAGGCAAUAGACAAUUGUCAAACAGGAGAAAGAGUUGAAGGCGAGGGCACAGACUGUAACUCUGAUGCGAGUUCAAGUAUAUCGGAUGUACUUCCAAAGAUGAGAUUUUUGACUCCCGUUGUGAAACCGGUUUCUCUUCCGAUCUACCGAAGAGCACACAACAAGCAAAAACACGAUAUGGUUGAGAACGUUGAGAAGUGGGAUGCAAUUACUGAAAUCUCAAAUGAAUCAUUGAAACAACUGAAACGUUCCAACUCUUCCGGUGGAUCAAGAAGACGACACCAGAGCAUGUCAUCUCUUCUUUCUAGAAUUAGAAAAGUGCAGAAGGCAGCUUCCAAAAAGGCUGCUCUUUUCGCUACAGAACUGACGUGGUCGCUUGAAGUAGAGGUAAUUGACACGAACUAUAAUGACGAUAAUUUAGUUUCGUCGAGUGAGGAAUCAUCAGAUGAAGAUUACGCUCGCAUCAUGCAAGAAGAACAAUCCGUGUUGCGGUUGUUUGCACCGGUUAGUGCAAGUGAACCAAGCGCAAGUGAGAGUAUGUUGUACAACGAUUCAAGUGACGACAACACGAGACAUCGACACCAAACGAGGAAACGAAGUCGUGCAUUAUCAAUCCCAGACUCGGAUGACAACACAAAUGAUUUGACUCGUGAUGUCUCACCAAAGAGGGACAGCAUGAGACCAAUGCGUGGUAAAGUUAAUGACAGUGACGUCAGUGUAGAUAACGACAGUGGGUUAGGUGGAAGUGCAGACAAACCCACAGGAACGAUUGAAGAAAACCAUAGCAAUACAACGACAACAGUCGACACUGUGAGACAACAAUUAACAUUUGUAGGAGACGAAGAGCCACGGAAGUGUCCGUCAACACAAGAGAAACAAAAAAAGAAAGUCAAGCGUUGCUAUCUAAUCAGCAAAGAAGAAAGACAAGAAGCGAUGGAAACUCAGGAUGUCGAUGACAAAACCAUUAAGACAGGCACCAAGGCAGAGAUCCCGUCAUUAGAUCAAAAACAACGUCGAAGUGCACGACUCGCAGCCAUGGAGAAUGUGACACUCAAACGUUCAAACGCUAAAUUGAGUCCAAGUGAGAGAGCGGAUGUUGUAGAUUCUUCUGUGAUGAGGAGGAAAGCGAAGAAGGUAAAGGCCAGUAGAGGAGAGUCAGACAAGAGGCUUAGCAACACGACGAAAGAAACCACAGAAUGGGACAGACUACCACAGGAAGUGCCAACACAACUUUUUCCAAUAUUUUGUAAACCAAAUAGAGAGUCGAAAAAGUCACUUGAUAUCAACCAUGAUGUAAUACGUUCAUCUGUUGAUACAGUAACACAUCACAGUGACGUUGAACACACAGUAACACAUCACAGUGAUGUUGAACACACAGUAACACUUCACAGUGACGUUGAAACGUGCGGUUCGUUGCCACAAUCGACGAUUAGAAAACAUGCUGCUGCUCAGCUUUCUAUCGAUGGUUACAUGCCGUUUCCAAACGUUAGUCAUGUUUCGCAAUACAGUAACAAGGAAAUCCGUGCAAAUCAGGAUACAAACAUUCGAGGGUUUGGUGUCCGUGACACGUCUGAUGCUCAAGUCGGCAUUCACAUCCGAUCUCAUCAUUACGAGCCUCUCCAACUUGGGUCUAUAACGGCCUGUCAAUGUCCAACCGAUUUAUCGACUGUUGGUGAUGUCGUCUCGAUCGGAGAUGAGGAAAUUCGACGAAUAGUCACAGAUCUAGCGAGUAAAUCAUCCAUCAAUAUUCAAUCUUUAUAUGACAAGUAUGCCAAGAAGGUAUACGAAAGCAGUAACGAGUCGAACCUGUGGAGUGGAGUGUUUGCACCAUCUAGCUCCGACGAGCUGGCUGUCAGUAGGCCUGCUGUAUUGAAGCUACGCAAGUGGCUGAGCGAUUGGCAGAAAUGCUCAGCCUCUGAAGUCAACAAGGAGGUAAACGAGAGUCCAAUGGAAACGGUUGUCUCAUCGAAUGAUAAGAGAGAUCGGGAUUGGUUGGAUGAUGAUGAUGAUUUUGUGGUUAUUCGGAAGAAACGGCGGCGGCGGAGAGAUGAGAUUGAUAGUGACAGUGAAAAGGAAGAGGAAGCUGCAGGCAAGGCCGUGUUAUUGCUUGGACGUCACGGUAGUGGGAAAACGUCAUCGGUUUAUGCGUGCGCCAAAGAGCUAGGGCUGACAGUGAUCGAAGUGAAUGCGUCAUCGAAACGUUCCGGCAAGUCAAUCCAAGCCAGCCUGACAGAAGCAACACAAUCACAUCACGUCCCAAGCGUCGACACAUUAGACACAAAAUCGACAACAACCACACGAACGAAUCAUGUUUCCAAACCAAACCUUCACAGUAAGCCACAACUGCAUCCGGCAUUCGCUGCAUUCGUGAAGAAAACGAAACCGGGAGACAAGACAAACGACAAGAAGAAAACUGAGAGGAUGAGUACUUCGAAACGACGAAAGGCAGUGAAAGAUUUGUUCGUCUUGGGCUCUCAACCAAACGACACUGCAAUCGACGAGGCAACCGAGACGGCAGCCGGUGAAACAAGAAGCAAGAAGAACGGCAGAAAUGAGAGAACGGCAGAACAAACAAAGUGUGGUGAGCGGGAGGUAAACGCAGUCGGACCGACCGUCGUGCUAUUGGAUGAGGUUGACGUAUUAUUUGAAAGUGAAAACGGUUUCUGGUCGGCUGUUUCAUCGAUCGUCGAGACGGCAAAGCGUCCGGUGAUUAUGACUGCUGUGGAUGAGUCGGUAACGAAGUUCAUCAGUUUUCAGUAUGACAUGAUACGAUUUGAGGCGUCGGAUGAUCUUAAGACACAGAUGACGGCUCUACUGCAGCUCAUGUGUUUAGCUCAAGGUGUCAACGUUGAUCCACUCACAAUAGAGACUUUAGUCGAUGACAAACGAGGAGACAUCAGGAGCUGCAUUCACACACUGCAAUUUUGGUGUUCCACAACAAACAGCGACACAACAUCUACGUCCAGUUCAGAUGUUUCGAUGCAACGUGUGGACGUCGAUCUGGCAAAGAGGCUUCAAGCUCACUUGUCCAUGUUUCAGUUCAAAUUGAGUGACGGUGACCUAAACAAGGACUCUAACAUGUGCGAUAUCACCUUUGUGAACAACUGUGAAUCAUUCCAGCGAAUCUUCCAAAUCGACGAUUCACACAGUCUUGACGCAAAACUUCUUCUACCAUUUCUAUACACUCCAUUACAAUCACACAACACAGAAGACAUCAGACUAACAGCAACCAACACGACGACGAGUAAUGACAACGAAUUACGAGGAGACAACGAAAGCUUCGAAACGGUUUACACCAAAGCUGUCUGUAGAGCAAAGUUGGACACACUCGCUGACUGGUGUGAGUCACGAUCAGUGAACGACUUGUUUUGGUGUCGGACGAGACGUGACUGCAGAAGUCGUGAACAAGCAUCUCUCGUGGAUUGUUUUCCCAUAGAAAGCGGCCGAUCGGAACAGCCCGUACAGUCAGAGUUAUGUUCAUCUCUUGAUGUGGCGUCUGUCAACUUUGCUCGCGUUCAGUUUGCUACUCGUCUUUCGAUGAUUGACGGUGAAACGUGUGGCAUAAAUGAUGAAAAAUUGGUGCUGGAUGUGCCACAUUUGAUUAGCACAAACAGGAAGGAUGAACGGCAUCGAGCAACCCAUCAGUCCCUCCUCAACGAACUAACAUCAAACCUACCCACCCACAUUCACAUCUCCAGAGAUGCCAUUACAACAGACUACUGGCCUGCUGUGAGAACAAUCUGCUCUACAGAGGAAGCAAAACAACAAACACACACAAAACGGCGAAGACAUAGACAUUAUUUUUAUAACUGGAUGACAACAGAUACGUGUAGAGCACUAGCAGAGGGACUCGCGGACACCCAACAUACAAAGUAGGUUAUUGAUUUCAAUAUUUUAUUAUUCACCCAGCAUACAGAGUAGGUUAUUGAUUUCAAUCUUUUAUUAUUCAAUUUUAUUCCAAUCAGAGCCGAUCACAUUGGCAUGUAGCGGUCAUUGUAAUACGA